AUGCUUAGGGUCUUCAUCCUCCACGCCGAGAACGUGCACACGCCCGACUCAGACAUCAGCGAUGCCUACUGCUCCGCCGUGUUUGCAGGCGUAAAGAAGAGAACCAAAGUCAUCAAGAACAGCGUGAACCCCGUGUGGAAUGAGGGCUUUGAGUGGGACCUUAAGGGCAUCCCUCUGGACCAGGACUCAGAGCUUCAUGUGGUGGUCAAGGACCAUGAGACGAUGGGAAGGAACAGGUUUCUGGGAGAAGCCAAGGUCCCCCUCAGGGAGGUACUUGCCACUCCCAGCCUGUCUGCCAGCUUCAAUGCUCCCCUGCUGGACACCAAGAAGCAGCCCACAGGGGCCUCGCUGGUCCUACAGGUGUCCUACACACCACUUCCUGGAGCUGUGCCCCCAUUUCCCCCCUCGGCAUCUAUGGAAGCUUCCCCGACUCUGCCUGACCUGGACAUGAUGGCUGGUAUGCCAAGUGGGGGACAGAGCCGGGCAGAGACUUGGUCCCUGCUCAGUGACAGCACCAUUGACACGAGAUGCUCUGGAAAGAAGUGGCCGGUCCCCACGGACACAGGAGAGGAGGACACGGAGGACCCGGGACUAACAGGAGAUGAGAAUGAACCUUUCCUGGAGCAGAGUGGAGCCCCAGGCCCAGGGGCACCCGCCACCCCCAGGAAGCCGCCUUCCCAUCCUCCCCCCUACCCCGGGAGCAGGAGGAAGAAGAGCACUCCUGCAUCCAGAAAGCUGCUGUCUGACAAGCCACAGGACUUCCAGAUCAGAGUCCAGGUGAUUGAGGGGCGCCAGCUGCCAGGAGUGAACAUCAAGCCUGUGGUCAAGGUCACCGCUGCUGGGCAGACCAAGCGGACGCGGAUCCACAAGGGAAACAGCCCGCUCUUCAAUGAGACUCUUUUCUUCAAUGUGUUUGACUCCCCGGCGGAGCUGUUUGAUGAGCCCAUCUUCAUUACGGUGGUGGACUCACGUUCCCUCAGGACAGAUGCUCUCAUUGGGGAAUUCCGGAUGGACGUGGGGACCAUCUACAGGGAACCCCGACAUGCCUACCUCCGAAAAUGGCUGUUGCUGUCUGACCCUGAUGAUUUCUCUGCGGGUGCCAGAGGCUACCUGAAGGCCAGCCUGUGUGUGCUGGGGCCUGGCGACGAAGCACCUCUGGAGAAGAAAGGCCCCUCGGAGGACAAGGAGGACAUCGAAAGCAACCUGCUAAGGCCCACAGGGGUGGCCCUCCGUGGAGCACACUUCCGCCUAAAAAUCUUCCGUGCAGAGGACCUGCCUCAGAUGGAUGAUGCCGUGAUGGACAGCGUGAAGCAGGUCUUCGGCUUUGACAGUAACAAGAAGAACUUGGUGGAUCCCUUCUUGGAAGUGGGCUUUGCAGGAAAAAUGCUCUGCAGCAAGAUCUUGGAGAAGACGGCCAACCCGCAAUGGAACCAGAGCAUCACGCUGCCUGCCAUGUUCCCCUCCAUGUGUGAGAAGAUGAGGAUUCGGGUCAUAGACUGGGAUCGCCUCACCCACAAUGACAUCGUGGCCACCUCCUACCUGAGCAUGUCUAAAAUCUCCGCCCCUGGGGGAGAAAUUGAAGAGGAGCCUGCAGGUGUGGUCAAGCCUCCUCCAGCCACCAACCUGGAUGACCAUCUGGGCUUCCUCCCCACCUUUGGGCCCUGUUAUAUCAACCUGUACGGCAGCCCCAGGGAGUUCACUGGCUUCCCGGACCCCUAUGCAGAACUCAACACAGGCAAGGGGGAAGGUGUGGCCUACCGAGGCCGGCUCCUGCUGGCCCUGGAGACCAAGCUCGUGGAGCACAGUGAGCAGAAGGUAGAGGAUCUCCCUGCAGACGACAUCCUCCGAGUGGAGAAAUACCUCCGGAGGCGCAAGUACUCGCUGUUUGCUGCCUUCUACUCAGCGACCAUGCUGCAGGAUGUGGACUCUGCUGUCCAAUUCGAGGUCAGCAUUGGGAACUACGGGAACAAGUUCGACAACACCUGCCUGCCGCUGGCCUCCACCACGCAGUACAGCAGGGCGGUCUUUGAUGGCUGUCACUAUUACUACUUGCCCUGGGGCAGCGUGAAGCCAGUGGUGGUGCUGUCCUCCUACUGGGAGGACAUCAGCCACAGGAUCGAGACACAGAACCAGCUGCUUGGCAUUGCAGACCGGCUGGAAGCAAGCCUGGAGCAAGUUCACCUGGCGCUGAAGGCGCAGGGCUCCCCCGAGGAUCUGGACGCGUUGGUGGCACAGCUGAUGGAUGAGCUCAUCGCAGACUGCAGCCAGCCCUUGCGCAGCGUCCAGGAGGUCCCUGCGGCCACCCAUCUGGAUCAGUAUCUAUACCGCCUUCGCACCCGGCACCUGAGCCAGAUCGCCGAGGCUGCCCUGGCCCUGAAGUUGGGCCACUGCGAGCUCAGCCCGUUCCUGGAACAGGCCGAGGACUGGCUUCUGCGUCUCCGUGCCCUGGCUGAUGAGCCCCAGAACAGCCUGCCCGACAUCGUCAUCUGGAUGCUGCAGGGUGACAAGCGUGUGGCCUACCAGCGAGUACCAGCACACGAGGUUUUGUUUUCCCGGCGUGGUGGCAGUUGUUGUGGCAGGAACUGCGGGAAGCUGCAGACCAUCUUCCUCAAGUAUCCGCAGCAAGGGGCGCCGGGUGCUCGAAUGCCAGUGCAGCUUCGGGUGAAGCUCUGGUUUGGACUCUCGGUGGAUGAGAAGGAGUUCAAUCAGUUUGCCGAGGGCAAGCUGUCUGUCUUUGCAGAAACCUACGAGAACCAGACCAAGCUGGCCCUGGUGGGGAACUGGGGUACCACAGGCCUGACCUACCCCAAGUUCUCCGACAUCACGGGCAAGAUCAAACUCCCCAAGGAGAGCUUCCGCCCCUCAGCGGGCUGGGCCUGGGCAGGAGACUGGUUCGUGUGCCCGGAGAAGACCCUGCUGCAUGACCCAGACGCAGGUCACUUGAGCUUUGUGGAGGAGGUGUUCGAGAACCAAACCCGACUCCCCGGCGGCCAGUGGAUCUACAUGAGUGACAACUAUACGGAUGUGAAUGGAGAGAAGGUACUCCCUAAGGAUGACAUUGAGUGUCCCCUGGGCUGGAAAUGGGAAGAUGAAGAAUGGUCCACAGAUCUCAACCGGGCCGUCGAUGAACACGGCUGGGAGUACAGCAUAGCGGUGCCCCCCGACCGGAAGCCCAGGCACUGGGUCCCGGCCGAGAAGAUGUACUACACACAUAGGCGGCGGCGCUGGGUUCGGCUGCGCAGGAGGGACCUCAGCCAGAUGGAGGCGCUCCAGAAGCACAGGAAGGCAGAGGCAGAAGGUGAGGGUUGGGAGUAUGCUUCUCUCUUCGGCUGGAAGUUCCACUUGGAGUACCGCAAGACAGAUGCAUUCCGCCGCCGCCGCUGGCGCCGUCGCAUGGAGCCCCUGCAGAAGACGGGGCCAGCAGCUGUAUUUGCCCUGGAGGGGGCGCUGGGGGGCAUGGUGGACGACCGAAGUGAAGAUUCCAUGUCUGUCUCAACCUUGAGCUUUGGUGUGAACAGACCCACGAUUUCCUGCAUCUUUGACUAUGGGAAUCGCUAUCAUCUCCGAUGCUACAUGUACCAGGCCCGGGACCUGCCCGCCAUGGACAAGGACUCUUUCUCUGACCCCUAUGCCAUCGUCUCCUUCCUGCACCAAAGUCAGAAGACAGUGGUGGUGAAGAACACACUGAACCCCACCUGGGACCAGACACUCAUCUUCUACGAGAUCGAGAUUUUUGGUGAGCCAGCCAGCGUGGCAGAGCAGCCGCCCAGCAUCGUGGUGGAGCUGUACGACCAUGAUACCUAUGGUGCUGAUGAGUUUUUGGGACGCUGCAUCUGUCGGCCAAAUCUUGACCGGACACCCCGGCUGGCCUGGUUUCCCCUCACGAGGGGUGGCCAGCCUGCGGGGGAGCUGCUGGCUUCUUUUGAGCUCAUCCAAAGGAAAAAGCCCGCCAUCCACCAUAUUCCCGGUUUUGAGGUGCAGGAUACAUCAGGGAUCCUGGAAGAGUCAGAGGACACAGACCUACCCUACCCGCCACCCCAGAGGGAGGCCAACAUCUACAUGGUCCCCCAGAAUAUCAAGCCGGUUCUCCAGCGUAUGGCCAUAGAGAUUCUGGCAUGGGGCCUGCGGAACAUGAAGAGCUACCAGCUGGCCAGUGUCUCCUCCCCCAGCCUCGUGGUGGAGUGUGGGGGUCAGACAGUGCAGUCAUGUGUCAUCAAGAACAUACGGAAGAACCCCAACUUCGACAUCUGUACCCUCUUCAUGGAAGUGAUGCUGCCCCGGGAGGAACUUUACUGUCCCCCCAUCGUGGUCAAGGUCAUUGAUAACCGCCAGUUUGGCCGCCGGCCUGUGGUGGGCCAGUGCACCAUCCGCUGCCUGGAGAGCUUCCUGUGUGACCCCUACUCAGAGGAGAGCCCCUCGCCACAGGGAGGCCCAGAUGAUGUGAGUUUGCUCAGCCCUGGGGAAGAUGUGCUCAUCGACAUUGACGACAAGGAACCCCUCAUCCCCCUCCAGCUUGCAGAUGGGCUGUCGGGCGCAAUCCACACUAACACAGCAUCACCUUCAUCCAGUCCUCAUGAGGAGGAGUUCAUCGAUUGGUGGAGUAAAUUCUUUGCCUCCUUAGGGGAGAGGGAAAAGUGUGGUUCCUACUUGGAGAAGGACUAUGACACGCUAAAGGUCUAUGACACACAACUGGAGAACGUGGAAGCCUUUGAGGGCCUGUCAGACUUUUGUAAUACCUUCAAGCUCUACCGGGGCAAGACUCAGGAGGAGACAGAGGAUCCAUCCAUCAUUGGGGAAUUUAAGGGCCACUUCAAAAUUUAUCCCCUUCCAGAAGAUCCCUCUGUCCCUAUGCCCCCUCGACAGUUUCACCAGCUGGCUGCCCAGGGACCCCAGGAAUGUCUGGUCCGCAUCUACAUCAUUCGAGCAUUUGGCCUGCAGCCCAAGGACCCCAAUGGGAAGUGUGACCCUUACAUCAAGAUCUCCAUUGGGAAGAAGACAGUGAGUGACCAAGACAACUAUAUUCCCUGUACAUUGGAGCCUGAGUUUGGAAAGAUGUUUGAGCUCACCUGCUCGCUGCCUUUGGAGAAGGACCUGAGGAUCGCCCUCUAUGACUAUGACCUCCUUUCUAAGGAUGAGAAGAUUGGGGAGACACUCAUUGAUCUGGAGAACAGGCUGCUAUCCAAGUUUGGAGCUCGCUGUGGACUUCCACAAACCUACUGUGUCUCUGGACCCAACCAGUGGAGAGACCAGCUCCGGCCCUCACAGCUCCUGCAUCUUCUGUGCCAGCAGCGGCGCCUCAAGGCCCCCAUCUACAAGCCUGACCGCCUUGUAUUUCAGGACAAAGAAUACACAAUUGGAGAUAUAGAGGCUGGCAGGGCCCCAAACCCACACCUGGGGCCAGUGGAGGAGCGCCUUGCCCUGCAUGUGCUGCAGCAGCAGGGACUGGUUCCUGAGCAUGUGGAGUCCCGGUCUCUCUACAGCCCCUUGCAACCAGAUAUCGAACAGGGGAAGCUGCAGAUGUGGAUUGACCUGUUUCCAAAGGCCCUAGGACGGCCUGGACCUCCCUUCAACAUCACCCCCAGGAGAGCCAAGAGAUUUUUCCUACGUUGUAUAAUCUGGAACACCAAGGAUGUGAUCCUGGACGACCUGAGCAUAACAGGGGAGAAGAUGAGUGACAUCUACGUGAAGGGUUGGAUGGUUGGAUUUGAGGAACACAAGCAAAAGACAGAUGUGCAUUACCGAUCUUUGGGUGGUGAAGGCAACUUUAACUGGAGGUUCAUUUUCCCCUUCGACUACCUACCGGCUGAGCAAAUGUGCACCAUCUCUAAGAAGGAUGCUUUCUGGAGAUUGGACAAGACAGAGAGCAAGAUUCCAGCACGCGUGGUAUUCCAGAUCUGGGACAACGACAAGUUUUCCUUUGACGACUUUCUGGGCUCCUUGCAGCUGGAUCUCAACCAUAUGCCCAAGCCAGCCAAAACAGCUGAAAAGUGCUCCUUGGACCAGCUGGAUGACAUUUUCCACCCUGAGUGGUUUGUGUCCCUUUUUGAACAGAAAACAGUGAAGGGCUGGUGGCCCUGUGUGGCUGAGGAGAGUGAGAAGAAGGUCCUGGCGGGCAAGCUGGAGAUGACGUUGGAGAUUGUUGCUGAGAGUGAGCAUGAGGAGCGGCCCGCUGGCCAGGGCAGGGAUGAACCCAACAUGAACCCUAAGCUUGAGGACCCCAGGCGGCCUGAUACCUCCUUCCUCUGGUUCACAUCCCCUUACAAGACCAUGAAGUUUAUCCUAUGGCGGCGCUUUCGGUGUGCCAUUAUCCUCUUCAUCAUCCUCUUCAUCCUGCUGCUGUUCUUGGGCAUCUUUGUCUAUGCCUUCCCGAACUAUGCUGCCAUGAAGCUGGUAAAACCCUUCAGCUGAAGACUCGCUGCUUUGGACCAGCUGCCUCCUGUGCCCAAGCUCCCCCAGGUCUCCAGGCUUGAAUGUCCUGCUGGGGGUGGAUGUAGGUGCUCCAGAAGUCACCACAUGACCACAUUUUUCUCCUCCCCAGCCCAACCCUUUUGAAGUCACUGUAUGUAUUUCAGUAUAAAAGAGCUGGAACAGA